CCUGACCCCGUGGAGAGCCACGUGGCCUUUCCCACCCGGUCCUUCUAGGCUUUUGAUCCCAGAGCCCUGGGUGGGCAUGUUUGCAGUGGGGGGUGGCGGGUGCAUAGUUUGGACAAGUGGGCGAGGAAGAGUGGACUUGGUCCAGGACUGUGUACGUGGGAUGCUCUGCGCCCCCCUUGCAGUCCUCUGUCUACACUAAUACAGCGCGCUCUGUAUCCUGACUCAGCCCUUGCUUACAUCCUGGGUCUGGGACGGAGAGGGGCGCUGUGUCCCGGCGUCCAAGCUCGCUCUUGUGCAAGAAAGGAGUGUCUUGUCUAAACCAGAAAAGCGAGCAGCGCAUUAAAGGUGUCCAAUUAAAAUGAAUGCAAUUCAGAGACUUUUGAUUUCCAGUCUAAGGAAAAGAAGGGUAGUGCUAAGAUUUCAAAGCAACGACCGGCCAACCGUGCCUCUUGGAUCACGGAUUUUAACAGACCCAGCCAAAGUUUACGAACACAACAUGUGGGACCACAUGGAAUGGACACAAGAAGAAGAAGCAACGGCUAGAGAAAAAACAACUGAAAACUCCUCUGUGAGAGUGCGCUUGGAAGACCAAGUCAAAUAUGAAAGUCAAGCCAGUAAAUAUUGGAAUGAUUUUUACAAGAUUCAUAAGAAUAAAUUUUUCAAGGAUCGUAAUUGGCUGUUGAGGGAAUUUCCUGAAAUUCUUCCAGUUGGACUACAAACUAAAGAAGAGAAGGGAAAAAUGUCUUGGGAUCAUGUAAAAACGAAUGAUACAGACUCUUUCUCAAAUAUAGACUGCCUGGCCAUGCUUAAAGGAGUGGAGUCUGGUAAAAAGGAUUCUGGUGCUGAUUUUACCUACAGCCAGAGUGAAAUAAGAUCUGGUAACAACCAAUAUCCUGAAAAGAAGAGAGGAGAGCCUGUGGAGACCGAUUUGUUCCCUGGUAGCCAUGCUGCUUUCAGGAUCCUAGAGGUUGGCUGUGGUGCUGGAAAUAGUGUUUUCCCUAUUCUGAAUGCUCUGAAGAAUGCUCCAGAGACUUUUCUUUACUGCUGUGAUUUUGCUUCUGGAGCAGUGGAGCUAGUAAAGUCCCACUCAUCCUACAGCCCAGCCCAGUGUUCUGCCUUUGUUCAUGAUGUAUGUGAUGAUGGCUUAUCCUACCCUUUUCCAGAUGGGAUCCUGGAUGUCAUUCUCCUAGUCUUUGUGCUCUCUUCUAUUCAUCCUGACAGGAUGCAAGGCGUUGUAAACAGACUGUCCAAGUUACUGAAACCUGGAGGAAUGUUGUUAUUUCGGGACCAUGGAAGAUAUGAUCUCACUCAGCUGCGUUUCAAAAAAGGAUGCUGCUUGUCUGAAAACUUUUAUGUUCGAGGAGAUGGUACCAGGGCAUAUUUCUUUACAGAAGGGGAAGUCCACAAUAUGUUCCAUCAGGCUGGGUUAGAUGAAAAGCAGAACCUGGUUGACCGGCGUUUACAAGUUAAUAGGAAAGAAAAAGUGAAAAUGCAUCGAGUGUGGGUACAGGGCAAGUUUCAGAAACCAUUGCAUUCAUUUCAUAAUGACCCUGACAAUCUCUUUCCUGGGGUUUCUGCUGGUUGAAGAGGAUACUUCUUUGUGUAAAUCAAGAUCACCCCAUGUGAAGGUCCCUCCAAAAAUUAUUCCUGAAAGAGCAAUUAGAAGAUAGAACUGGAAUAUCCAUAUCUGGUUCUUGUAUCAUGGGUGAGGCCUUCCAUUAGGUUUCUACACACAUUUACAUAUUAGGUGAUAUGGAAGGAUCUGCUGUAUUUGACAUUUUAAAAAAAUUAGUAAACGUGAAUUGCCCAA